AUGUCGCAUCUGCAAUAUCAUUGCUACGAAGGCUGGGGCCAAAAGGCCAAGCGAGACUUCAAUUACAGCCAAGCCGUCCGCAUUGGCGAUCGCAUCGAGUGUGCAGGCCAAGGCGGCUGGGAUCCGAAGACCUUCGAGUUUCACCGAGAAAUCAACGCACAGAUUGACCAGGCUUUCGCCAAUGUCGAUCUGAACCUGAAGGAUGCAGGAGGGAAGGGAUGGGAGCAAGUUUUCCGGGUGAACUCGUAUCAUGUCCCAAUCAACAAUGAGGCCCUGGAUGCGAUGGUGCGAAAUUUCAAGAAGUGGAUGCCUGAGCACCAACCGAUUUGGACGUGUGUUGGCGUCACAAGACUUGGCGAGGAUGAUAUGCGGGUUGAGAUUGAGGUGGUUGCUCAUGACCCUUGA